UGUUAUAAACAGCUGUUUUUCUUUCCUCGAUUUCAAGACUCAUGGCAGAAUGAAGGGAGAGUAGAACAACAUGUUGCACUCAACUCAUUCAUGGAUUUUAAGGCGUGGAUAAAACUUUUAGUAGCCUAUCAUUUGUGAGUUUUUUUUUUUCUCCAAAGUGGCGUUUGAUGAGGUAAGGUCUCGGAAAUGCUAUAUAGUGUUAUUUCCAGUGGCAAGUAGCAGCAGUAGCUUCGGGCCACACUAGUUUUGUUUUUAAACUUUAACCUAGCAUAGUCUUGCUAUCGGUUGGGACUUUUGUCGCUGGGCUUCGCACAAGUUGUGGAACACCAUGAGGACGGAGGAGCAUCAACAGGAAGGGAUUGUUGUGCCGUGCGGGACAGGAGAGAGGGGCGGCUCAGAUCAGAAAUGAUAGAGCGUCUCCUUGAAUGGGGCGGUGUGUUUUGAUCCGCUCUGCCGUCCUGCAAGAAGUGUAGCUUACCGUCAGGGGGGGCGGCAGCGGUCCGACCGGCGUGGAGGGACACGGCGGAGGGACUCCUGGCUCCCGUGCUAAAACACAAACAAGACCGCUUUGGCUUCAUGUGAAGGCGACUUGGUGAGAUUAUAUUAUCGAUAAAGCCUGCUGUUCUUUGGCCGCUGGUUCGCCAACAAAGGAAUACACUUUAUGCUUCUUUAAUUUCACUGCUGUGGUCGCUUUGUGUGGGUAAAAACAUUGAGAGGGAGACAGCGUCAGAAAGUUGAGAAAUUAGCUGUGACUUUACGGCCACUCGAGAGUAGCGCUGCUUACGCGCGCCUGCGCAAUUACGCACGUACACACACACACACACGCGCUCCCUUUUGUUGUGAAGUUCACUCUCCGUUGAAAGUCUGACAUUUUAAUUCCCGUUAUUGUCAAAACAAGUACAGUUUGAGUGAAUGUGGGAGGAUGGUGGAGAGCCGGAGUUGUGUCCAGAGGGAGGGGGUGUACCGCUGGUUCUCCUCCCUCACGUCAGCCCAGAGAGUCGAGUUCCUGUGCGGCCUUCUGGACCUCUGCGUCCCCAUCGAGCUCCGCUUCCUCGGCUCCUGCCUGGAGGACUUGGCCCGCAAGGACUACCACUCCCUCCGGGAUGCGGAGAUCAAAGCCAACAACCCCGCCGACCUAUCUGGCCUCACCAACAUCACGGACGAGGUGGUGCGCAGCAAGCUUCUGGUGUCCCUCGCCCUGCUCGGCUCGGACAACAGGGAGGCGGCGGUGGUCCUGUACCGGACCCUGACUCACAUAGACACGGUGAUCAACAACUACGGCUUGGCGCUGAACGACGGGAGGACCGAGGAGCAGUUUCUUUUACUAUUCACCAUGGCCUCUCACCACCCGGCCUUUAGCUUCCACCAGAAGCAGGCGCUGAGGCAGCAGCUGAGCCAGAUCCACGACAUCCUGCAGGUGAGCAGAGGAGGAGGAGGAGAGGCCGUGGGCCCUGGCGGGGGUCGAUCUGCCGCGUGUUAUGCUCAGCCACAUCACGACUAUCACCAUCAGAGCGUGUCGCUGCCUCUGGCCUCGCUGCCCCCCGCAGCCUGCUCCCCGCCCGAUGCCAGCGCUGCUUACCUGCCUCUGUCUGCCUGCCAACCCUGCCACACACACUGCACCUGCUGGCACAAGAGCCAGACCAAAGAGGCCGGAGCAGGCUCAGGGUUCACCAUGGGACGACGAGACCAAGCUGUCAGCCAGGAGCUUCCCCCUCCUCAGCCGGACCUCCCUCCCCCUCCCCCUCCCCCUCCCACCCCUCCACCACCUCCACCUCCUCUACCUGCUGGACAGGGUCAGGACGCAGCAGCACCGACCAAUAACCACCAGGGGAAAGCAGGAAAAGUGGUGAUUGAGAAGGUGGUGCUGAGAGGAGUGACACACACGUCUGAAGACACUAGUGAAUAUGUGUUCGAGGCCAGCUGGUCAGAUGGGUUUGUGUCAUCCGUUGUCAGAACUCGGCAGGAAGUGACAGAGCUGCUGAGCCAGCUGUCACAAGCAUUUCCUGAUGACGGAGUGGAGAAAAUUCUCCCGCAGUCCAUAGAACUGGAUGCCAGGUGUCUGACAGCGCUGCCAUGUCCUGUCCUCCAGCACCACAGCGUCCAGCUGUUCUUCACCUCCACCAGGCCUCUCUCACCCAACUGUCCUGCCUCCCUCCCCUCCCCUCUUCCUCCAUUACCCUCCUCCCUUCCAACGGCUCCUGUAGCCCCAACCUGCCCGUUCACCUCCAGCUCUAGUCUUGGCUGUAUGGUUCAGUACAGAGGAGCCAACAGGGCGGUGUACAGAGUGGCCAGUGUCCAGCCCGUCGUCAGCACCCACAGCUCUGUCAUGACUCGCCCCUUUCCUCACUUCUCCUCCCUCCCUCCUCCCCUUCCUCCCUCCGUUCCUCCUCCGCAGCACUCCCCCCAGCUGUCCUCCCUCCCUCCCUCUGUAACAGCCCUACCCACCCAGUGCUCCAUGGCUGGCGGAGGGGAUCCCUCCUCCCAGCCACAUCCCCAACACACUCAGUCCCACUCAUACUCCCAGCACCACCUACAUCCACAAAGCAGCAGUCAGUCCCUGCACCUGUCCCUUUCCCAUCCAACGUCCCACUCACAUUCCCAGUCCCUUUCCUACCCUCAGUCCCAUUGCGUGUCUCGUUCCCAGUCCCAUACACAGGCACCAUCCCAGUGCCAGCCCAAUACUCCGGAGCAGAACGGCAUACUGGACUGGCUCCGCAGGCUUCGGCUCCAUAAGUAUUACCCCGUCUUCAAACAGCUCACCAUGGAGGAGUUUUUAGCUCUGACAGAGGAGGACCUGGACAAGUACGACCUGACCCAAGGAGCAAAGAAGAAACUCAAGACUCAACUAGAGCUACAAAAGACUCAACUAGAGAUACAAAAGGAGAUGAAGAUGGAGAAGCGACCCUGCAGCGGCAUCGCCAGGGUGACGCCAUCUAGUCACAUGGGACCCUCAACACAUCCUACCUCCACUGCAGGAGAGCUGCGAGUGGAGGUGGACGCUGUGCUGCACCGUCACCCCGUCUCCACAGACAGCAGCUCGUCCUCCGGAUACUCCAGCUCUUCCUGCUCGCCCCGAACACCACUCUGCUGUGACUCUGCCUUCGACAGGACCAGAGACAUUCACAGGCAUGUGUCAGCUCUGGAUGCAGUGGGAGGGGGUCCAGAGAAGGACCGGUCCUGUCUCUUCAUCCUGAACUCCAGCUGCCCCGCAGGCUCCGCUCGCCCCACAGCCCAGGUCCUACCUGUUCAAACCGAUCCAGCUCCUCCUCCUCACCCUCCCUCCUGCUCCUCCCACCUCCCCCUAGGCCUCCCGCAGUCUCCCUACCACCCACAGUUCAGUUAUCCCCAGACCCUGCUGUCCCCAGUCUCAAACCCAGCACGCAUCCUGACUUCCCCUCGUAAGCCCAGGCCCCCUCCGCUGUGCACAGACGACAGGACCAAGCCGCUGGGCUCGGGCCUGCCUGUAGCCACGGCAGGCUUCAGCCCAGGGCUCAGUGUGGGGUUGGGGGUGGGGGUGGGGCUGAGGCUGGAGAACCUAUUCCCUGGGAUGAACAUGGGUAGCUCCUCCAAGAUCCAGGACUCGCUGGUUUGCCGUGGCGUGGCGGCGGGUGCCGUGGCGGCGGGUGCCGUGGGUCUGAUGGUGGAAACCAGUUCUGCUCUGACCUCCACCUCAAACAGCCUCCACCAUGUCUCCCACCCCCCACUGCACUUCCACCUAUCAUCCUCCUCAUCCCCUUCUCCUUCUGGAUACUACUCCUACCCGCCUACAUCUUUCUCCUCGCCCUGUCCCUCCACAAAGUCUGGCAGCUCCAGUAGUGGUGGUGGCGGCGGUGGCGGCUGUGGCUUUGUUCCCAUGGCAACCGCGAGCAGUGUUCCUGUGGCUGCUGUGCCCUGCAACACUUACUACCCGACCCAGCCUACCUCUAGCCCCUCCCCUUCCCCCUCCUCUGCCUCUUCAUUGGAUCAGAGUCCGGGUCACACCCCCUCCAUGUGUGUUUGCAGCUUCUGCGGUUGUCGGGGGAACUGUGGUGCCUACGGGACGUUGCCUGGAUACACAGCGGCCGGCUACCUGCAGCAAUUCUCGGCCGGCCCGUCGCUCUUCACCCUGGGUCCUCUGCUCCACCUCAGCCCCCUGCUAGCCUCGUCCAGCGCCGCCGGCGCCACGCCCUUCUCCUACCCAAUGAUGGUGCCGCCGCCCCUCUACCGCCACAGCGCUCCGUCACCUGACCAGCAGCAGGGCUUUGCCAUCUACCAGCCCCAUGGCAUUGUGGGAAACGGAAGCCAGAAACGGGCAGCAGGGAACGUGUCGUGCUAUAACUGCGGCGCCAGCGGACACAGAGCAGAAGAAUGCAAACAGCCGGCCAUGGAUUCAGCACAGCAAGGGACAUUUCGACUGAAGUACACUCCUCAUUCUGACAGUAAGGACUCAGGGGACUAACCAGCAGAAACACCAGUGGAUUUCAGAUGUUAUACUCCUGACACACCUGUACCUCAUGUUCCCGCUGAAGCUAGUGGGCAGCAGCCACAGACUGCCUGCCUCUGAGUAGCCUGUCCAAACGACUGUUGAUCUGAAAGCACAGACCCAUUGUGUAUUUUGUAAUUCUUUUACAGCAGCUUACAGAGACAUGAGAGGACAGAAAAGAAACAGAUUGGCGAGAAGAGGAGAGGAGAGGAGAGGAGCGGAGAGGAGAGGAGCGGCUGUCACAGUCUGUGUCGUCAGAUUAGCUUUAAUCCUUCCUCGGUUCUGGAGAUCUGUAAACUCUGGCUCGCUUCAUUUCAGAGAUGUAGCUAGAACUCUGCCUGUCAUGUUACCUAGUAUGGUGCAGGUCAACCAGAGAGUCUCCAAAUCUGCUUCACAGCUAAAUAACUCAGCAUUCAUAGUCUUCUAGAUGGCUCACAAACCAAAGACACAGCACUCCAGAAUCCUCAUAACAUCCUGGGCACUUGGUCAAGUGCAUUUCUACUUGUCUGAAAUCAUGCCUUUAUUGUGACAGACUAGAUACCUUGGAUAUAUGCCCAGCACCCAUGUUAUCUUCCCUUUGACUGGAUCUGCUGGUAUAAAACUUCUCAUACUGUACUAUUCAAAGUCUUGAUACUUUAUAAAAAAAAGCAGCUCUUUUGUACAGUAUGUCUUGUGAUCAGGUUUGGCUCAUUGUUCUCUAUGUGCUGUACAGUAGAGCCCAGUUACUGUAGUUAAGAGGUGUGUUCCAGUUUAUGCUACAUACUAAUUAUAAGUAUACACUGUAUACUAAUGUUUAUAGUAUAUGGGGUUUGCAGCUAGAAAUUAACAAACCUUUUGUUUUAUACCAACAGGAAAUUAUGCAAUACAUGCAUUGAGCAAAGGCAAUCAAAGUCCGAAUUUAUAACGCAACUGCCUAUAAGAGAAUAGUUGGAGAAUAGUGUCCAUCAUUAGCGUUUUUAGUAUUCAUAUCGACUGCUACAUACUCAAACCCUGCUUUAAAUGAAUGUGUAAGGAUUUGGGACACAGAUAAGACUGACAGUUUAAACUAUAUCACCUUCUUGCUCAUCCUCCUUGGAGAGGAGCAAAAGGGGUGGAGUGUAGGGGGGGAAAGUUACCUUAAAAGGUACUCUGUGGUAUUUUUUUUUACCAGUUGUAGCACUAUGGCGUAAUGUCAUUCGAUGUUCAAAGUGAAUAAAACAGCUUAUGCCAGCCUAGCGUUAGAGUUCCACAACUGACGUUACACAUAACCUAUACAAGUCCAAUUUUGUAUGUACAAUUUGUGUCCCCUUCAAUAAUUGCUCUGCGUCUGUUAGAUGAAAUGUAUGCCCAUGACCAAGGAUUACAGUACAAGUUUCAAUCCAACAUACGAUGGCUAUGAGUCAAGAAAUGUGGACAUGGAGUAUCUAACCCCUGUGCCUAACCCUCAUCAUUGAAGCGUGUGUGGACAGGUGACACUUUGAAACUGGAAUCCCUCUUCAGCAGCUGGGGAAUCACAGAGGGAUACUGCACCAGCCACCUUCUUUUUCCAUGAAAGCCCUUCCCCUUAGGGGUGAUCUGUAGUACAGCCUCUCUAUCUCUGAGCCAACCUGAGAGCAAAGUGGCCUCCAGUGCCAAAUACUGCUCCUCUAUACCAAGACAAUCAGAAUGCACACUGAAUAUUUUCAGAAACUUUGUCUUUGUAUCUUUAGUUCACACACCAGUGUUCAUUUCAAAAGUGCCAAUUUGUUUUCAGUUCAAUUUGAUGAUGAUUGAUUUUUCAAGGUAUUGUAAUGUAAUGUCGAGCGGCCUGUACGUUAAUCCUGAAGUUGUUCUCACUCCAGGAGAGAUGGAGCUGACUCUUUUUCUAAUUAAUAAGCACAUGCUUUAUGCAAAUGACAAUUUAGGACUGUUUAAAUUGGAAAGAGUCUAAGUAAGUUGGAAUAUGUUUCACAGUGUAUUCAAGUGUCUGACUGUGAGUGAGUUGCUGGGCAGGACCCAGAGUUCUACAGACACAAGGACAGCUGGUCCUUCAGAUGAAACUCUAUCUGUACCCCUGGAGGGCACAGCACCCAUUUCAAAAUAGUAAAUACUGAACAUUCAGUAUGUGUAACAACUUCUGUCUGUUGUUUAAAAUAAGACAACAAUGUUUUUGUUUUGUUUUUUUAUUGUAGAAUAAAUGUCUUUGCAGCAUCGCCUUUUCGCAGAAAUAAGAGGCUUACAAUCAACCAGCCGUCGAUUGUGCAGGUUCAUUGUUCAUUUACAUUUCUGUAACGGCGCAACUGUCUUUAUGAACGUAUAAAAACAAUUUUUUUCAAUGGUUGCACAGUACAAGAAAAAAAUGCCUCGAUAGAUACCAAAGAGUGCCUUCUUUUGAGGUUCGUAGGCCUCAUUUCCACUGCAUGGUUCAGCUAACAGCUAUGGAAGAGGAUUAAGUCCAAAAAUAUAUUUGAGUUCUGAGUUUAAAGUCAGAAUUUUUUUUUACUUUAUAGUAUUCUGACUUUUAUCCAAGAAUUUUUCUCAGAAUUCUGACUUUAAACUAGAGAUGGCCCAAUACAAUUUUUUGC